AUGUCUGGGGCCGACGAGAGAUCGAUCAGCGAGACAAAGGUGGCGGGUGCCGAGCACGUCGACCGCGAUGUCGCCAAGGUCGUGCACGCCGAUGGCACUAUCGAUUAUAUCGAUGCCAGGGCCGUCGGCGGCGACCUCGAGGAGAUGCCUCUGGGGUAUUUUAUGAGUGUGCAGUUCAUUGGGACACUGACGGCACAAUGCCUCGCCAGUAUCUGCGCCUAUCUCGGAUGGGUUCUUCCUGCCAACACUCUAGCCCUCAUCAACGCCGACCUGGGCAACUCGCCCAACAUCAACUGGGUCGCCACGGUCUGGACGCUGGGCAGCUGCAUCGGCUUCCUGCUCGUGGGCCGCCUGUCGGACCUCUUCGGCCGCAAGUGGAUGGUCCAGGCCACGACGGGGCUGGGCCUCGUCGGCUGCAUCAUCGGCGGCUGCGCGCAGAACAUCGAGAUGCUCAUCGUGGCCAACCUCUUCAACGGGCUCGCGGCCGCGGGCCAGCUGUCGUUCGGCAUCGUCAUGGGCGAGCUCGUGCCCAACAAGUUCCGCGGGCCCGUCGUGACGCUCAUCUUCCUCAGCAGCAUGCCCUUCGCCGUCUUCGGCCCCGUCAUCGCGCGCGCCCUCUACAACAACACGGCCUCGCGCUGGCGCUGGAGCUACUUCCUGGGCAUCAUCUUCAGCGCCGUCACCCUCGUGCUCUACCAGUUCCUCUACCACCCGCCCUCGUACGAGCAGCUGCACGUCGCGGGCAAGUCCAAGUGGCAGGCCGUCAAGGAGAUCGACUUUAUGGGCAUCUUCCUCUUCGUCGCCGGCUGCGUGCUCUUCCUCAUCGGCCUGUCCUGGGGCGGAACCUCGUACCCCUGGGCCAGCGCGCAGACGCUGUGCACGCUGUUCAUCGGGCUGGCGACGCUGGCCGCUUUUGUCGUCUGGGAGGGUAAGUUCUGCAAGGUGCAGCCGCUCAUGCCCCCUCGUCUCUUCAGGAACAAGGGCUUUGUCGGCAUCGUUCUGAUUGCGACUUUUCCCCCUUUUGGUGCUAACUCCCCUUUCUUUCAACAGGCCGUGGCCGCGAUGAGCUACUACUCGCUUACGAUUCUGUGGCCCCUGAUCAUCUCGACGCUGUACACGACCGACAUCAUGGAGAUCGGCUGGCAGAGCUCGGUGGUGGGCGGCGGCGUGCUCCUGGGCCAGGUGCUGGGCGGCUUCGGCAUCUCGUACAUCCCCAAGGUCAAGCUGCAGACCAUCAUCGCCUCGGUGCUGGUCAUGGCCUUCCUCACGCCGCUGGCCGCCAUCACGCCCGACACCCACUCCAUGACGAUCGCGUUUGGCGUCUUGGGCCUGGUCGCCAUCGGCUACGUCGACAACAUCGCCUUCCCCGGCGUCACGCUCGUCUGGGAGCCGCAGGACAUCGGCCUGGCGACGGGCGUCAUGGGCUCGCUGCGCGCGCUGGGCGGCGCCGUCGCGCAGGCCAUGUACGUCAACGUGCUCAACAACAAGCUCGGCGAGAACAUCCCCGCGUACGUGGCGCCGGCGGCCACGGGCGCGGGCCUGCCCGCGUCGUCGCUCAAGGCGCUCUUCGCGGGCAUCGCCGCCUCGGGGGACCUGUCGGCCGUGCCGGGGGCCAGCCCGGCGGUGCUGGCGGCCGUGUCGGCGGCGCUCCGCAGGGCGUACCAGGAGAGCUUCAAGAUCGUCUUCUUCUGCACGAUCCCGUUCUCGGUCAUCCUCAUCGCGGCGUCGUUCAUCGUGCCCAACAUGGAGAAGUUCCUGCACCUCAACGUGGCCAAGAGGCUGCAGGGCCACGUCGGGCAGGACGGGGAGGCGGCGGCGGCGGCGGCGGCGGCCGGGACUGGGAGCGGGAGCGGGACGGAGGCUGGGGCUACCAGUGUGCCGAUGGAGCCCGUGAGGCAGGCUGAGAAGAGGCAGGAGCAGGGGGUUCCCGCUGAGCAGCAGGUCUAG